AUGAUUGGACAGCUCCAGAGCAAGGUUGGCCAAGUUAAGACUGACUGCCGUCGAUGGAAAGAGAAUAUGGAUCAGCUCGCUGCCGAUAGGGAAGCUGUUACAGCCCAACUAGCCUCGGCUGAAACUCAACUGCGAGGCAUUAAAGUGAAGGUUCUGGCCCAAGCCAAGAAAAUUGAGGAGUUAGAGGCAGAGCUUGCUAGAGCCCGGGCCGAAGCUGGCGGGGAAGGUGAAGAAGGAGCCCUCGAGGAGGUGGAGGUUCCCGAAGAUAAAGCUCCCGAGGAUGCUGUUCCUGAGGUUGUUGCUUCGGGGGAUGUAGCCCCGAAAUAUAUUAGGAUAAUUUCUUCCUUUGUUGUUUCACUUGCCAUGUUGAAGCCAUUUGGAUCCGAGACGCAGGAUUUGCUGACAGGUGGAACAGAUACUUCAGCUGUAGCAGUAGAAUGGGCAUUUCAAGAACUUUUGAGGAAUCCAAAGGUUAUAGAGAAGGCAAAUCAGGAACUUGACAGAGUUAAUAGGAAAGAACGAUGGAUAGAAGAAGAGGACUUUUGUCGCCUACCUUAUAUAGAUGCCAUAAUCAAAGAGACAUUUAGACUGCACCCACUAUGCGCAUUGCUUCCUCCCCAUUACUCUAUUGAGGACUGCGAAGUUGCUGGUUAUGACAUACCAAAUGGAACAACAGUAUUUGUAAAUGCAUGGUCUUUAGGAAGAAAUCCUAAGUAUUGGGAUAGAGCAGAAGAGUUCAUUCCAGAAAGGUUGUUAGAAAAUGACAUUGACAUAAAGGGACAAAACUUCACACUGCUGCCAUUUGGUUCAGGAAGGAGGAGGUGCCCCGGAUAUAGCCUUGGGAUUAAGGUCGUUCGGACAACGAUAGCUAACUUGUUGCACGGAUUCAAUUGGAAAUUAACUGGAGGUAUGAAAGCAGAAGAUAUAAGCAUGGAGGAAAUUUAUGGAUUGACUACCCACCCAAAGAAGCCGACAUCUAUCAUCAUGGAACCAAGACUUAGCAUCCAUCUUUAUUAG